CCUCGGUUUGCCGGUGUUUCACCAAAACGGUGAAGCUCGUGAGAGAUGCUGUAACGGAUUCGGCCCCUGUAUGAAGUGCGGGCUUUGAUCAGAGGACGGGAGGCGCGCGCGCGUGUUUUUUUCUGCUCUGGAUAGCACUCGGAGUAAUGCCAGUUCCAGACCAGUCCUGUGACAGUGAGAACUCCAACAUGCUGAGCCCAGUACUAAACGCCUCCAAUGGGGAUGGAUCUGAGACAGAGACGACCUCCGCCAUCCUGGCCUCCGUCAAGGAGCAGGAGCUGCAGUUUGAGAGACUGACCAGAGAGCUGGAAGCCGAGCGGCAGAUAGUGGCCACCCAGUUGGAGCGAUGCAAACUGGGAUCCGAGACUGGGAGUGUGAGCAGCAUCAGUUCUGCUGAUGAGAAGUUUCGCUGGAACACCCAAGACGGACAAAAGGACAUAGAAGAAGAGCUCACUACUGGCCUGGAGCUGGUGGACUCCUGUAUCAGAUCCCUUCAAGAAUCUGGCAUUCUGGAUUCCCAGGAGUUUGUAGCAGGUGAAAGAGCCGGCAUCCUGUCCCAGAGUGCUUUACAGCUCAAUAACCAGGAGGGCACCUUCCCUUAUACUGCUGGUUACCAUAGCAGCCAGACCCUGGCCCUGGGAGACCCUGCGACCUCCCAACCCCUAGCACGUGGUGCUCAGGUGGGAGGAGCCGUGCACAGCUACAGCCAGGUGACAUCUAGCCGUGCAGCCCAGCUGGUGGCCAACGACCCGGGUGCACAUGCCCAGUCCCGAGACUCAGUGGCACAGAGCCAUGGCAGCGCUUUCCACUUGCCUGACACUCAGCCUUCAGUCUAUUACUCAUGUGCCACCCUGCCAGCCCAGCGUGUGAGCUCUCCGCUCUCCAUGCAGACCCUGGGCUCACCUUCCAAACUCCAGAGGCUUGGCUCAGCCUCCGAUAUGCCCAGCUACGCCACUCUGCAGCGGGUAUCGUCACCCAAGCAGUCACCCAGUCGCCUAGCCAAAUCCUACAGCACCAGCUCGCCCAUUAACAUGGCAGCUGGAGGGGCAUCAUCUGCCUCACCUGGGCAGGGCAACGCCACUGGCUCCUCCCCCCUCCACCAGGUCAGCUCAGCUGUGGGCAGCUAUGCCACACUUUCACCUGCCAAACGUUUGCUGCACUCCUCCGACCAGUACAAGAUCUCCCAUGAGCUCUAUGCCAAUGCUACCCUGCAGAGGCCUGGCAGUCUUGCAGGUUCCAGGGGCUCUUACAGCAGUCAGCACAGCCACCUGGCCACUGAACUGCGCCCCCUGCAGUCUCCUGAGCACCACAUCGAUCCCAUCUAUGAGGACAGGGUCUAUCAGAAAGCACCACUGAGGAACUUCACCCAGAGUCAGGCUCCAUCCUCUCCUGGCAUGGAGCCCAUCCCCCUGCAGCGCACAGGCAGCCAGAACACCACAGGCACCUUUCCUCGCUCCAAUUAUGCCGCCGCACCCGACUACACCAACCCAUAUCGCACGCUGCAGUUCUGCCCCUCAAACGACUCCCCCUACAGCAAAUCAGGCCCUGCACUGCCACCCGAGGCCACGCUGGUCAGGUCACCCUCUGUGGACAGCAUCCAAAAGGACCCCAGGUACGACCCUGAAUUCCUUGUCUGGAAUCAAAAUCAAGCCGAACAAAGAAUGACAAAAGAGUUUGGCUGGAGGGAUCCUGAGCUGCCUGAAGUGAUCCAAAUGCUACAACACCAGUUCCCAUCUGUGCAGUCUAAUGCUGCAGCCUACCUUCAGCAUCUGUGUUUUGGAGACAAUAAGAUCAAAUCAGAGAUACGAAGACAGGGGGGCAUCCAGCUACUGGUAGACCUGUUGGAUCACCGGAUGAGUGAUGUGCACCGUAGCGCGUGUGGUGCUCUGAGGAACUUGGUCUACGGCAAAGCCAAUGACGAUAACAAGAUUGCUCUGAAGAACUGCGGGGGCAUCCCAGCCCUGGUGCGCCUUCUUCGCAAAACCACAGAUGUAGAGAUCAGAGAACUGCUCACAGGCGUGUUAUGGAACUUGUCUUCAUGUGAUGCAUUGAAGAUGCCUAUAAUCCAGGAUGCUCUGGCUGUGCUCACCAACACGGUGAUCAUCCCUCACUCUGGCUGGGACUCCUCCCCACACCAGGACGAGCGCAAACUGCACCUGCACUCUUCACAAGUGCUCCGCAACGCAACAGGAUGCCUCAGGAACGUGAGCUCGGCAGGAGAGGAGGCACGACGCAGGAUGAGAGAGUGCGAGGGGCUGACUGAUGCUCUGCUCUAUGUCAUUCAGACUGCACUGGGCAGCAGCGAGAUUGACAGCAAGACCGUAGAGAACUGCGUGUGUAUCUUGAGGAACUUGUCCUAUCGGCUAGCAGCAGAGACGUCUCAGGGACAGCAGCUGGGCUCCGAUGAGCUGGACGGGGUGCUCUGCACUGACGCCAGCGGGAAGGAUGCUGAGAGCUCUGGCUGCUGGGGCAAAAAGAAGAAGAAAAAGAAGAGCCACGAUCAGUGGGACGGCGUUGGUCCUUUUCCAGACUCUGGUGAUCCUCCGAAGGGGCUGCAGAUGCUCUGGCACCCAUCCAUAGUGAAGCCAUACCUCACACUGCUGUCAGAAUGCUCCAACCCGGACACGCUGGAGGGGGCUGCAGGGGCUCUACAGAAUCUGGCGGCAGGCAGCUGGAAGGUAGGCCCCACCCCGAAGCCAUGGUCAGUGUAUAUCAGGGCAGCUGUCAGAAAAGAGAAGGGCCUUCCUAUCCUGGUGGAGCUGCUGAGAAUCGAUAACGACCGUGUGGUGUGUGCUGUGGCCACGGCACUCAGGAACAUGGCUUUGGAUGUGAGGAACAAAGAGCUGAUUGGCAAGUAUGCCAUGAGAGACCUGGUCCACCGCCUGCCAGGAGGCAACAACAACAGCAGUGGCGGCGGCGUGGGAAAGAGCAUGUCCGACGACACCAUCACAGCCAUCUGCUGCGCUCUUCACGAGGUCAUUACCAAGAACAUGGAAAACGCCAAGGCCUUACGUGACGCUGGAGGCAUCGAGAAGCUUAUUGGCAUUGCACGCAGCAAAGGAGAUAAACACUCGCCUAAAGUGGUCAAAGCCGCAUCUCAAGUUCUCAAUAGCAUGUGGCAGUACCGGGAUCUGCGCAGCCUGUACAAAAAGGAUGGUUAUUCUCAGUACCACUUUGUGGGCUCCUCCUCUACAAUAGAGAGAGACAGACAAAGACCUUAUUCUUCCUCUCGCACUCCAUCCAUCUCUCCGGUGCGGACCUCGCCCAAUAAUCGCUCAGCGAGUGCUCCCACCUCUCCACGAGACAUGAUGAGUCUGAAGGAGAGGAAGACAGACUACGAGUUGACUGGAGCUAAUCCUGGUUACCAUGGCAACAAGGGCGAACACACCUCCAGGAAGGACACCAUGGCAGCACAAAUCUCCAGUGGAACUGCCACGCUGUUCCGGGGUGCUUAUGUGUCUCCCAGUGACGACCUCAAACAUAACCAGGUGUCCGCUCAAGGUAAUCCGUCAGAGGCCUACCCUCCCUUCCAGACUCCUCCAGGAGCAAAUUUUGAGGAAAGUUAUUAUGAGGACCAGGCGCACCAACGCCCCCCGGCCACCGCAGACGGCACCCUGCACCUCGGCCUCAAGUCCACUGGCAACUACGUGGACUUCUACUCAGCCUCUCGACCCUACAGCGAACUCAACUAUGAGACGAGUCACUAUCCCGCCUCGCCCGACUCCUGGGUGUAGAGGCAGCGGGCACGGCUGAGGGUCGGGGUGAAGACACGCAGACAUAAACCAGCCCGCAUGUGCAUGAACGUGAUCGGACACACACACACCAACACACACUUUCAGUCUGAAUGGAUGGCACUUGAUUCACUUUGGUCAUUGGAGACACACACACAGAGAAAAAGAAACUGAUGAUGUUCUGGGAAAAGAAUGCAAAAGGAAGAUGUUUUACUGAAAAGAAAGUGUAAGGAGCAAGGAUGGUCCACAAAGCAGAACUCUAACUGUGAUAUCGAGGAGAUGGGGACAUGAAGCACAAGAACAUGUCAUGCGUCAACACAAGCUGAGGACAUAGAUCUGACACAUUUUUAGGACAUCCGUUUGCGUUUGACCUGCUUUUUAUGGAGUGCUUUCUUCACAAGGAGAUUUUUAUCUUUUUUGUUCCUUAUCUUUAUUUUGUAUCUCCUCUUUUUAACUUCUUAAUUCUAGUGUAAAGUAUUUGUUGUAUAUUGCAGAUGUAGAUACAAGUUACAUUGUGUAUAUUUCAGAAAACAAAAAAAAAAACCAAACUGAUGUGUCCUCCCCUGUGGUUCAUACUAUCAUUUUUUUUCUGGUACAUCUGGAAAACAGAGGAAAGGAUACUCCUACGUUCUUCUGUAGGUAAGGUCAUUUCUGGCACCACAAAAAGUAGACUUUGGUUUGAAAGUGCUGUUUAUUCUAACAUUCAUUUGAGAACAACAACAGUGAUAUCACAGAGCAUCAUCAUUCCAUGCACACAGUGCUACACUGCCUGGCAAGAGUUUACCCAUUCACAGUUUUGGCUUUAUUUUGCUCAGAUGCUUUUGUCCUAUAAAGGUUUAGUGACAGGUUGUAAUGAAACUCUGUCGUUCCACUAUGCUUCCAGUGAUCUGUGCUCUGUUUUUGUAAAAUGUGCCAAACGUGGUGAUCCCUGGACCAGCGGAUCGCCACUGUGCUGACAUUGGAAGUUUACGUUCAACACCAUCAUCAAUGAUUCUAACAAGAUUAGUUUGUAAAUGUUUGUUAGUUUGGUUUUUUUACAUUUCAAUGGCAUAUAGCCACACUCUGCGACAAGACUUGGAUAACAAUUGGAAGGAUACAGGCUUUCAGCGCUAAUGUCCCUUCUAAGAUGUAUAAUUCAUUUACGCGGUGUUGUAAAAUAGAUGAUUGAGCAAAGCAGCUUUUUUAUUUACAGAAACCAGUGGUUUUUAAG